AUGGAGAUGCAGACUAUGUUGGAGAAGAUGAAGAUCGAGAAGGAGAAGACGGAGGAGUUGCUUAAGGAGAAAGACGAGAUUCUGAGAAAGAAGGAGGAGGAGCUAGAGACGAGAGACGCUGAGCAGGAGAAACUUAAGGUGGAGCUGAAGAAGCUUCAGAAGACGAAGGAAUUCAACCCUAACAUGAUUGGAAUUUUUAUAUUAAAUUCAUGGAGGCAAGCUUCUCUAUCUGGCGUUGAGCCUUUUAUGCUGAAGAUUCAUAAUGAGAUUCGGCGAGUUGAUGCUACCAUUUUAGCUGUUGUUCGUCAACAGGGUAGCUCGGGAACUAGAGCUAAAGAAAAUCUUACUUAUGCUACAUGUGCUGCUGAGGAACUCUCUCAUAAGAUACAAGAGAUAGAAUCCAAAGCUGAGCUGACUGAAGCAAUGGUUCAAAAUAUAUGCCGCGAUAUUAAAAGGUUAGAUUUUGCAAAGAAGAACAUAACCACGGCGGUCACUGCCCUUAGUCGCCUCACAAUGUUAGUCUCUGCGGUUGAACAGCUUCAGGUGAUGACAUCAAAAAGGCAAUACAAGGAGGCAGCUACACAGCUGGAGGUAUCUUUUCUUGAUUCAUUUUUUGGUUCAGUUUAAG